AUGACAACUAAUAGAUUCUUUAAUAUAAAAAAAGAUGAUUCAUAUCUAACAAAAUUUACACAUGAUACUAUAAUAUUUGGAGAAAAUUUAUUUAAAAUAAUUUCAAAGACAUUUACAAAUGACAAAUGUGAAAUUUUAAAUGAAUUCGCAGGAGAAAAUUCUGAUUCCAUUUCUUUUUGUUCUGAAGUUUUGCCUUUUUAUUGUAAAUCGGAAGUAAUCCAUCAAGAAUCUAUUUUCAACGUUCGUUUUGGUCAUUCAAGCAUUUUUUAUAAUAAUUUUAUUUACAUUUAUGGAGGAAAUCAAAAAAUUUCUAAUUUCAAUUCAAAAUUAAUUCAAUAUGAUAUAGGUACUCAAAUUUUCAAAAGAAUAGAAGAAAUAAACCCACCCAAACCACGUUAUUUUGCAACAUUAAAUUUAAUUUAUUCAAGUGAGCUAAAUGAAUAUUGUUUACUUCUUUAUGGAGGAAAAAGAAAUUCAUAUAUUACAAAUGAUACUUAUAUUUUUAUUAUAAGUAAAAACACUUGGAAACACGUAAAAGCUAAAUUUUCUCCACCACCAAUUUAUGGUCAUGUUUCUUUUAAAUACAAAAAUGUUAUUUUUAUUCAUGGAGGAAAUAUGGGGAAUUCAGAAACAAACAGUGAUAUCUGGUGUUUUUUUGAAGAAGAAAAUAAAUGGGUAAAGGUUAUGAGCAAAAGUGAAUAUUAUAAACGAAAUACAUCUAAACCAUGUGGUAGAUAUUUUCAUUCAUGUGCUAUUUGUGUUUCUAAUCAAGGAAAUGAUAUAAAGGCUUAUAUUUUUGGAGGAUUAAAUAAUAAUAAUAAAUGUGUGGAGGAUGUUUUUUGGUCUUAUUCAGUAAGCAAUGGAAAAUGGAACCAAAUUAAAAAUUCCAUUGGUGAAAUGCCAGUAGAAAGAUAUGGUCAUAGCUCAAUAGUUUUAAAUGGAAGAUGGUUUGUCAUAUUUGGUGGAUUUAAUUUAAGAUGGUACCACAAGGCACAACUCUUAGACAUACAUGCUUAUGAUAUAAAAUUAAAUACUUGGUCAAAUUUAAAUGUAUAUGGUAUGUUACCAGUAACUCACCAUUUCUAUGGAAAUAUUGUUCAAAUUGAUGAAAAUGGCUAUUUUUUAAUUUUUGGUGGUUUAAGAAAUAAUAUACCUUGUUCCAAUGUAUAUAAGUAUACUCCUUUAUUUGCGUCUCAUUAUUUUAAAAUUUUACAUAAUAAAUUAGAUGAAUUACAUGAAAAAAUAGAAUCUUUUGAAACUAAUCCCAAAAAAUCAUUAAAUCCAUUAUUUAGAAAAGAAAUAAAUGAAUUAAAAAAAUCUUUAAGUGGAAUUACCUUUACGUUCGUUAGAUACAUACAAUUAAUAAGUGAUAUAAAUGAGAAAAUAAAAAUUUCAAAUAAAUUAGCCAAAAUAAAUUAUUCUCGUUUAUCAGCAAAGUUUGAAUCUCAAGAAAAAUAUUAUAAAGACUUAAUUAAAAGAACUCAAGCAUUGAAUGACUCUACAACAGAUUCUUCAUGUGAAUUUAAAGAGGGAUUAUCAAAAGAAAGUAGCGAAAAAGAAAAUUUAAUAAACCAAUGCUCUAGUUCUUCAUUUUCUAGUCAAGAUAACAAUGAAGUUAAUUAUGAAUCACUAAUAUAUGAAGGAAUUAAUGAAAACAAAAAAGUAUGA